CGCGCAUGCGUUCAAUGAAAGCUAAGUUCUGUCAGUUCACGCGAGCCUGGUUGAGAGCGCAGAAACAACAUGUAGAAGAAGUUAGGGGCUGCUUACAUUCGCGUUAAAGUAAUGCCAUUUAGUGCGUAAGUAAGUCGAAUUUAAGAGUAUAUGAGGCUGUGGGAGGACAUCUUUUAUUAAACAUGGAGAUAUUUACAGACGAGACGGAGUAUACGGAUAUCAGUAUGGUCCAAAGGAUUGUGGAUAUGUUUGAGAGACGUCCUCGUAUUCAAAGGAUAGUAAGAUUUGGCCUUCUUGGUAAGAUUCACAUUAAUGCUACAUCCUGGGGUAUGGAAUAUGAUGAUGAGCUAGAUGACACAGGUGAGGAUGAUUAUGAAAUUGACAACUGGGUACAUGGUCGUAAUAAUUUCCGUGGAUACCCAAGGCUCUCUGACAUGAGUAGUGAUAGAGGAUUUAGAGGGAACCAUUCAAGGUCAUCUGGCUCGGUCUAUCAGCCUCCACUGCAGUACUACACUUCAGCUGGUGACCUUCCUCGCCUGCCCUCUGUAAAAGUUCAGGCAAAGGAGAGUGAUACUGAAAGAAGGGCCAGAUUAUUACAAGAAACGAAAAAAAGCAAAGAAAAGGCUGAAAAGAAACGGCUUAAGAAACAGAAACAGAAGAUAAAACGGAAUGAGAAGUUGGAGAGGAAGGAAAAACUGAACCCCAUAAAAGAUGAAGAGGGAAAAAACGAUGCACAGCAAUGUAAAGCAGAGGAUAGUAAAGUAGUUAAUGACAAAUCCAAAGACAAUACAAAUUUCAGUGUUAAACACUUGGCUUCAGCUAAAGAUACAGAGAGCAGUGAGAGCAGUGAAGAUGAAUCCAGCGAGGAAGCUAGCGACGCCAAGAAUGACUCCUGUGACUCUGAGGGACUGGAUAUGACGAGUACUUUUGUGACUAAAGCUGCUCUCAUAGCCAAGCGUAAAGCGGAACAGAGGCCCAGGCCUGAGAGGAAGGAGAAAAAGAAGAUCCCGGUUAAAGAACGGAAAACUGUCCCUGACAAACCUAAAGAAGACCCAGAGGUUGAAAAGAAGGAUUCCACUGCCCCUAGCAUCCCCACCAUUGAAGAUAAUAUAAAAAUAAGUACAGAGCUUGCAGUUAUUGGAAAUGGGUUUGCAAAUUCUGGAGACUUUGAUAUGGCUGUGAAAUGCUUUACGGAUGCAAUUAAGUACAACCCAACAGAGUUCAAGUUGUUUGGCAAUCGUUCCUUCUGUUUUGAAAAGAUGCAAGAAUAUGAGAAGGCACUGACUGAUGCAGAGUUGUGUCUUAAUAUGUAUCCAGGCUGGGUUAAAGGCCUGUUUAGGAAGGGCAGAGCCCUGGCAGGUCUAAAGAGGUAUGAGGAGUCUGCCCAGGCCUUCAAGGACGUUCUCAAACUGGAAAGUUCAUAUGCAGAAGCUGCUUAUGAACUAAUGCGGGUUCAGAUGACACAACUAAUGGAGUGUGGUUACACUCGGGAGCAGAGCUCAAAUGCUUUAAUUAUUCACGGGACAGUUCAAAAAGCGCUAGAGGUGCUGUCCAAAUUAAACAAUGAACAAGGAGCUGUUCAAAAUGCCACUCUCCCGCCAGCUCAAGUAGUGAAUGUCACCGGAGUUUCUCCAGUCCUUUCAGCCAACACCAACCCAGCACUUGCUGUUCCUCCCCACCCUCUUCAGUCCCAGGACGCAUCAAAAACAUCACUUAAGAACAAACCUUUAGGCCCAGUUCAGAAUAUGUCGAAUGCCCAGAGUCAACCAAAGCCCGUUACUUAUCAGGCCAUGAAGAGCAGCAAUGAAAAAAGUCAACCACCACCGGAGCUGUUUCCAGUUUGGGUAGGAAACUUGAUUUACCCAGUAACCGAGUGGGAUAUAACCAACCUGUUUAACAAGGCUGGGGUUGUCUAUAGUGCAAAGGUUCUGGUUUCGAAACGAUGUGCCUUUGUAAACUUUACAAAACAAGAGUAUUGUGAUGAAGCAAUCCGGCGCUUUCAUGGCUUUGAGCUGAAUGGCUUCAAGAUUGCUGUGAGAUACCCAGACAGGAUUCCUCACGGCAUGGGCAUUUCAAAAUCUGCCCUGAAAGCUGAUGACCUGCAAGAUGAGAAUGUGAGGCAAAAUGCUGUUGGGAGCCGAAGACCUGUUCGUCCUAGCAGACACGUCUCCGAACACAGAGGCAACCACAAGAACUGAAAGGAACAAGAUGGCUUGACCUUCCCAGGG